UGUCCACCAGCUGCUCUUGUCUGGGAGCAGUCUUCCGCCUCCGUGACAGUACUCGGAAGACAAUAUGCCGUAAGCACGUAGCUUCGGAAGCAGAGGUGAUUCGAAUACUCCGGCUCUUGCCACCAUACUAGGCUCUUUGGCCGCUCAGGUGCUGGCCUGAGUUUAACCCAUCCUUUUUCUGACCAAAUCCUUUUCUGAUCAUCCACGGCGAAAGAGAUUAGGUAGCCAAAUGGAGACGCCACCAGUCAGCCCACUGAGACAGAAGGACAUCUCUCAACCGCAGCAACAAUGGGAAAAGGAAUCGCAGGAGAACCUUGAUUCAACCACUCAGUUUCGGCAGCAGCCCGGAGACCCUCCUACUGAAACAUUUGAACUGGGAGUGAGCCCUGACCCAGCCCGUCGAAAUAUAGAGAAUCCUCAUGAUACUGCAAACUCGGUGGCAGGACUUGGAGGGGACUCUGAUAAAUCUCACGAAUCAGCUUGUGAGAUGCCAGCGACCCCUCAAGCUUCCGAUGUCUGGUACUGUCCCGAUGGGAGCUUCGUCAAGAAGAUCAUAAGCCGGGGUCACGGCUUGGACAAACCCAAGCUAGGCUCUCGCUGCCGAAUUCUGGCCUUUGGAUUUCCUUUUGGGUCAGAGUUGCCCGAGGGCUGGACGGAACUAACUGUCGGAGUAGGGCCAUGGAGGGAUGAAAACUGGGGGGAGCUAAUAGAGAAAUGCCUGGAGUCCAUGUGUCAGGGGGAGGAAGCGGAACUUCAGCUCCCCGGGCAUUCUGGACCUCCUGUCCGGCUCACUCUGGACUCCUUCACUCAGGGCCGGGACUCCUGGGAGCUGAAGAGCAGCGAAAAGGAGGCCUUAGCCAGGGAAGAACGUGCAAGGGGCACGGAACUCUUUCGAGCUGGGAACCCUGCAGGGGCUGCCCGAUGCUACGGACGGGCUCUUCGACUACUGCUGACUUUACCUCCACCUGGCCCUCCAGAACGAACUGUCCUUCAUGCCAAUCUCGCUGCCUGUCAGUUGCUGCUAGGGCAGCCCAGGCUGGCAGCCCAAAACUGUGAUCGGGUACUGGAACGGGAACCUGACCACUUAAAGGCCUUAUACCGAAGAGGGAUUGCCCAGGCUGCCCUUGGGAACCUGGACAAAGCAACUGCUGAUCUCAAGAAGGUGCUGGCGGUAGAUCCCAAAAACCGCGCAGCCCAGGAGGAGCUGGGAAAGGUGGUCAUUGAAGGGAAGAAACAGGAUGCAGGGCUGGCUCAGGGUCUACGCAAGAUGUUUGGCUGAUUAAAAUUUAAACCUUAAAAAAAGAGUCAGGAACCUGUAAAUUGUGGUCUGUGCUGUCAGAUUUUUAAGGGCUCAGAGGGAGGGUUUCACUCCAUAUUCCAUUCCCAGUUUUUGCUUCCCUGGGGGAAGUAGCGAGCGGUCUCAGUGCGCCUAUUUUGGGGG